AUGGCACCAAAGAAUAAGUACAAUAUUUUCAUAAGCUUUAGAGGUGAGGACACCCGUUACAAUUUCACUAGUCAUCUCCACAAAGCAUUGUCCCAAAAGAGUUUACAAGUUUACAUGGAUCAGAGGCUGGAGAGAGGUGAUGAAAUUUGUUUUUCUCUCUUGAAAGCAAUUGAGGACUCAAUGCUUUCUGUCAUCAUUUUCUCGGAAAAUUAUGCAUCUUCGAGGUGGUGUUUGGAUGAAUUGGUUCAUAUUCUAAGGUGUAAAGAAAGAGAUGGACAGAUUGUUGUACCUAUAUUUUAUCAUGUGAGUCCGUGCGAUGUCAGAAAACAAUCAGGGAGUUUUGGAGUUGCAUUUGGUGAACUUAAAGAACGCUUUAAGAGAAACUUUGAUACACAAUGGAUAGGUAAAAUGGAAGAUUGUUUUAGGAGUGAGCCUGAUAGAUUGACUCAAUGGAGGAAUGCUUUAAUAUCUGCAGCUAAUCUUUCUGGCUGGGAUGCACCCACAACAAGGUGUGAUGAGUCUGAAUUAAUUGAGAAAAUCGUCAAUGACAUUUUGAAGAAAUUGAAUCAAUCAUCAUUAGAUGCUCAGAUUGUAGGAAUUUUGGGGAUUGGUGGCAUGGGCAAGACAACUCUAGCACAUGUCUUAUUUACUCGAAUUUACAAUAAGUUUGAAGGUCAUUGCUUUCUUGAAAAUAUUAGGGAAGAAUGGCAAAACCCUAAUAGGCUCAAUUUGAAGAAAAAACUUUAUGCUGAGUUAUUGAAGGAAGACAAUAAUCAAGAUAUGGUAGUUGACCUGUUUGUGAAGGAUAGACUUUGUCGUAAAAAGGUACUUGUUGUUCUUGACGAUCUAGAUGAUGUAGAGCAAUUUGAGUACUUAGUUGGAGAUCGUGAUUGGUUAAGCCAUGGAAGUAGAGUAAUUGUCACAACUAGAGAUAAGCAAUUGCUUAAGAAUAUUGGGAUUGAUUGGAUCUACAUGGCAGAGCAACUAGAUGAUGAUGAGGCUCUUCAACUCUUUAGUUUGAAUGCAUUCAAAAGAGAUUCUCCACCAGAGAAAUAUAUGGAGUUGUCAAAAAAAGUAACGAAUUAUGCUGCAGGCAUGCCUUUGGCUCUUAAAGUUUUAGGUUCCCAUUUGUAUUCGAAGAGCGAAGAAGAGUGGAAUAGUGCAUUGAAAAAGCUUAAAAAGUUUCCCAACAAAAAGAUUCAAAAUAUACUGAAGAUAAGCUAUGAUGGUUUGGACGAUAAACAACAAGAUACAUUUCUUGAUGUUGCAUGCUUUUUCAAAGGCAUGGAGAAGGAUUUUGUGGGAAGAAUUUUGGAUGAUGAUGGUAUGUUUGCGGAUGUGAUCAGAGAUCUCAUUGACAGAUGUCUCAUAGUUGUUACAUCUUUUGAGAGACUAUGGAUGCAUGAUUUGAUACAAGAAAUGGGAAGGGAAAUUGUUCGUAAAGAAUGCGUUAAAGAUCCUGGAAUGUGUAGCAGACUAUGGAUUACUGAAGAUAUAUGUCAUAUGUUAAGGAAGAACAAAGGGAGCGAAAAAAUUGAAGGAAUAUUCCUCAACAUGUCUGAGAUUAGAGAGAGUCAUAUCAAAUUGGAGCCUAACGUCUUUAAAGAAAUGUCCAAGCUAAGGCUACUUCAAAUAUGUGGAAUAUCAAGAGAAAUGGAGCAAUGCAAACUUCAACUUCCUCAAGGUCUUGACACACUUCCGGAUUCUCUUAGAUAUCUUCAUUGGCUUCACUAUCCUUUAAAUUCUUUGCCGUCAACUUUUGUGCCACAAUAUCUCGUUGAACUCGACAUGCCAUCAAGCAAGUUGGAACAACUUCCUAACGAAUUUGAGCUUCUUGAAAACUUAAAAGUUGUCAAUCUUAGUUCUUCAAAGAAUCUAAUCCAAAUCCCAGAUAUCUCUCGAGCUAAUAAUUUGAAGAGUCUAUGCUUGAAAGAUUGUGAGAGUUUGGUUGAAGUUCCUUCACUCAGAUUUGAACAAGCUCUUGAUCACAAGUGUUUUACAAAAGAAAAUUUUGUAGGACAAAUACUAUACACCGGCUAUGGUAUUGAAGACAAUUAUGUGAGGCCGGGAGAAAAUGAUCAUAAACCAUCUUGGUGGGAAUCCUAUGAAGCCAUUGACUACUUUCUUAAUCUCAGUGGUUGCUCUAAUCUUAAAGUUCUUUCUGAGAUGUCGGGGAGUAUUAAAUACAUUUGUCUGCGUUCCACAGCCAUAGAAGACCUACACUCUUCAAUUUGGUCUCUUGUUAAUCUUUCUCUUCUGGACCUUAGCAAUUGUAAAUGCCUUAAGAAUCUUCCAAGUGGAAUUGGUCAGUUAGAGUCCCUAAAUCAUCUCUAUUUAGAUGGUUGCUCAUCUUUCAAAAGCUUUCCAGAGCAUCUUCCGAAGAACAUUAGAACAUUAGACUUUAGUGGAACAAAGAUAAAACAAGUGCCUUCAUCAGCCUUUGAAAAUCUAACUAGUCUUGAGGAUCUAUGUCUAAAGAACUGCAUAGAGCUUGAAACCCUCCCAACGAGCAUUUGUAAGUUGAGCUCUCUUGUGAGUCUCAACCUAUGUGAUUGCUCAAAGUUUAAAAGCUUCCCGGAAAUCUUAGAGCCAAUGGCAAGUUUGAAAAAACUUUAUCUAGAUGGAACAGGAAUCACAAAGUUACACUUGUCAAUCGAAAAUAUUACUGGGCUUCAAUGGCUGAUUUUAAGGGAGUGCAAGAAUCUAGAGUUUAUUCCAAACAACAUCUACAAUAUGAGCCAUCUUAAAGUGUUAUGCCUUUCUAGAUGCUCAAAACUUGUUGCUUUGCCUGCUGUGACGAACGAUUUCCAAUUUAAGAUUGAAGUGGAUCUUAGCUAUAACAACAUAGCUAAUGUCCCUAGUUGGAACCUUGGUUUAUCUUCCUUACCACUGAUGGAAUACGAACCAUGUGGAUCAAUGAUUGAUAGAAGACCAGUGAGUAUUGAACGACUUUCUAAUAUGAUUUUAUAUUUGUUAGAAACUUGUGACAAUAACCAAACUUUCACAUCACCUGAUUUUGAUGUCACGUCAUGUCGAUGCUUCAUCUCAUCUCGUAGAAAAAGCCCAUACCAGUAUUGUGGUUGCUCAAGAUGGAAUGUUGUCAAAUAUAAAAAUCUGGUGAUACAUUUUUGGGUUUCUCUUUUCAAACAAGCAGCUUAUUUUGGCCUAAAACCAAAGAAAAACUUUUUCCCCAGAAUGAAUUUAUGUUGUCCAGGAAAUGAACUUCCGGAAAUUUUUUUGGAUCAGUCUGAAGGAUCUUCAAUUGAUGUUAAUCUUUCUCCAAUUUCCUAUAAUUCCAACUUCAUAGGUUUUGUCUUUUGCGUUGUCAUUGAAUUUCAGCACUACUGUUUUGAUAUAAACCUUCUGAAUUUUCAAUGUGAAUACCAUUUCAAAACCAAAAAUGGGGAAAGCAACAAACGUAAUUGGAGUCUUCAUCUACCAGAGAACACUAGCAGAUUUUCAAAAAUAGGAAUUCUCAAUUCAGAUCACAUGUUUAUGGGGUUUAUUAACGAGGAGUACGAUGAGAAUUUUGGUGCAAAUCCGAUAUUUCAGGUGUCGUUUAAGUUUCACCUUGAACAACAUGAUUGGGAAGAACUUGUUAACAUUGGCAAGUGCAAAGUGAAAAAGUGUGGAAUUCAAGUGUUAGAUUUUGAAGAUUUAAUUGAUGUGUUAAAUCUUAAAGAUGCAAAGGCAACUACAUGUGGAAGUGAAAGUGAGACCAUGGACUUUCCUCAUCUCCCACCAAAUCCCAGUUAUCCUGAUAGAAAGAACUCCCAAAUCCAUCCCGACCAGGAGCCUUCCUCCCUGUCCCUAAUAAGUGCUGAUAAUAGCUCAGAAAAGCUUGUUGAAUAUCCCCUGGUUUAUCCAUCCAAAUACCACUCUCAGUCCGGAUCAAGUGGAAGCAUGCCUAUUAAGAUCUUUCUCCAAUUUAAUCAGCCUAAUCGUAACGAAGAUGCACCGGGACACCUAACUGAGGUGCAACAAAGAGAUAUGGCUGCCAAUCAUAAAUUGAUACAUAAGAAAGAGUUUCGUUCAUUGUUUCAUAAGAAGAUGUCAGCAGAUGUGGCUAGAGCUCACGGUGGAGACGCUGGCGGUGAUCCUCCACCGGAUCCUACUAGGAUCCCAACUACAUGCGAGUCAGAAAUCCCAACUAAGAAAAAGGGUCGUGGCGUAGCUAUUGGAAAAGAUCUAGAGGCGAGGCGGCGUAAAAAUGGAAAACCACUGGAAGUAGCGUUUUGCCCACGAACGUACAAGAUUGUUGGGGGCGAGCACGCUGCUUUUGUCCGCCUUGUGGGAACCCAAAUUAAAACGAAAGUUCCCGGACAUUACAGUUCAUGGGAAUUAGUGCCUAAACAAUACAAGGAUCAGGUCCUUGGCAUAAUUCAGACGAACUCGGACCUCAUUGAGUCAUGGAAGGAUUAUCAUUGGAAGAAAGCAACAAAUGAUUUCGUGAACGAUGAUGCUCGCCAAGAUUAUAUGCCGCCUGUGCCUGAUAGUGACAAUAUUUCUAGGGCUUCGUCUUCUCAACCUCCAGCUCCAACUCAUCCUUCUAUGUACGGGGCAGCGCCGUCUCAACAUAUGCCACCGCAACAACCACAACAAGAAGACAAUAGGGAGGAGGACGAGGUAGCUGAUUUAGGAGACUAG